AAGAACAAAAAUAAAUUUCUCCCACUCUCUUUCUAUCUGAACCUCUCCCGAUUCGGCGAAUAGGUUUUCAUUUCAUUCUCGCACUCUUUCCGUGUCUCUCUGCAAAAUUAGAUACCAUCAAAGCAAGCUAAACAAAAUUCCGAGGGUUUUUUCUUCGAAGUUGUUAAUCAUAGAUUUCUCUUAACUUCGACUUUUAAUGUAAUUCAGAUUCAUUUCACUUCGCGUCUCUUCACUCAAUUUUAGGGCUUUUCUUCUCUCUCUUUAUCUCUUCCCCAAAACCCUUCUCACAAUAGGAUUUGCAAUCUGAUUUCUCGAUCUCACCAUGGAAGCUCGAGAUUUACCAUCGUCGUCCCCGUCGUCAGCCACCAGCCGGGAUGCUUCUUCCGGCAACGACGGCAACGACGGCGUCAUCACCGUCACCGUCGCCCUCGCCAAAGACGCUGCGUUGCAUUUCCAGUCAGGCAAGUUCGCUGAAUGCGCCGAGGUCUUGAACCAGCUUUUGCAGAAGAAACAAGGCGAUCCCAAGGUCCUUCAUAAUAUUGCGAUUGCGGAAUUCUUUCGAGGUGGUUGUUUGGAUCCUAUAAAGUUGCUUGAAGUAAUUAAUGGUAUUAAGGUAUCUUAUUUAUUAUAUUCUUAAAGGAGGAAAUCGUACACGCACAUCACCGCCUCAAUGAUAAUAUUACAAGUUAGGAAACGGUGGUGAAGAAGAGUUGGCUAGGUUUUCCUCAUUGGAUACUCCAACUCUAUAAUAAAAUUCAACGCAGAUUAGGAAGUCUUUUUAAGCUUUCAGUAUGUAGGCGUUAAGUUCUCAUUUCUCUCAUAUUUUUUCCCCUAACAAGUGGUCAAGUGGGGAUCACAUUGAAGCUCAAGGUUUUAAAUUUUAAAAUUGAUUUGUGCUGUUUUGGAUCAUUUGAAUUGUAGCUUGAAGCUCUCAUUUUUAUUUGUUUGUAAUUUUGUACUUAUCCCUUUUUACUGGAGUUGAUUCAGAGAAAAAAUGAUGAGCUUGCUCUGGCUUUUGGAGAACAAGGAGAAGGAGAGUCUGCUAACAAUGUUGGAAAUAAAGUUGUUUUGGUAUCCAAAGGAAGUAAUGCUUCAGCAAAUCAGUCUUCAGGUGCAAAUAGCACCGUGUAUACAGUUGAAUUUGACUCUUCUGUGGCAAUGCUAAAUAUUGCCAUUAUUUGGUUCCAUCUUCAUGACUAUGCAAAGACAUUGUCAGUUUUGGAACCCCUCUUUCAAAAUAUUCAGCCCAUAGAUGAGACAACAGCUCUGCAUAUUUGCCUUCUGCUGCUUGAUGCUAGCCUUGCUUGCCAUGAUGCAUCAAAAUCAGCUGAUGUGUUGACUCAUCUGGAAAACAAGGUGUUUAAAACAUUUGGUGUCAGUAGUGUGAAUCAAGGGGAUAUUGGGAACACAGCACAACAACAAUAUAUCAAUCUAAUUACAAAGUCUGCACCUGUUGCCAUUAGUGCAUCGGCUGCUGAUGCAUCCAGUUCUGAUUUAGGGUCAAGUGCUACUGCAUCUGAAAAUCAUCUAUCCAGAGCUUUAUCUGAAGAUACUCUUGAUUAUGAAGCCAUGAUUUUGGAUAUGGGUGGACAGAAUUUAGCCAGGCCAAUGGGCCCAUCUUCAAAUGAUCUUUCAAGUGCUUUGGUUGACAGGUUUUCUACUGUUGAUUUAAAGCUUAAAUUGCAACUUUACAAGGUUAGAUUUCUGCUUCUUACUAGGAAUCUGAAGCUAGCAAAACGAGAGGUCAAACUGGCUAUGAACAUCGCACGUGGAAGAGAUUCAUCAAUGGCUCUUCUUUUGAAAUCUCAACUUGAAUAUGCUCGUGGUAAUCACCGCAAGGCCAUAAAGCUAUUGAUGGCAUCAAGUAAUCGGACAGACACAGCAUUUUCAAGCAUUUUCAACAACAACCUUGGGUGCAUUUAUUAUCAGCUUGGGAAAUAUCAGAUGUCUUCAUUAUUCUUCUCAAAGGCACUAACCAAUUGUUCAUCCUUGCGGAAGGAUCAAUCAUUAAAACUAGCCACUUUCUCGCAGGAUAAUUCUCUCCUUAUAAUUUAUAAUUGUGGUGUGCAGUACUUGGCUUGUGGGAAGCCAACACUUGCAGCCCGAUGUUUUCAGAAGGCAAGUUUGGUCUUCUAUAAACAACCUCUCUUGUGGCUCCGACUCUCAGAAUGCUGUUUGAUGGCUUUGGAAAAGGGCCUAAUCAAAUCAAGUCAGAUUCCUUCAGAGAAGUUGGAGGUAGGAGUUUGUGUUGUUGGGAUGGGAAAAUGGAGGCAACUUGUGGUGGAAGAUAAGAUUACAGGAAAUGUACGUGUGGACUCAUAUGAAGGGGAUAAUUGCUGUCCUGGUGAAGAUGGACGGGUGAAGUUAUCAAUGUCCCUUGCUCGACAGUGCCUCUUGAACGCCCUACACUUGCUGGAGUCCAAAAAUGCAAAUUGUUUGAGGUCUGGUUUGCCCUCCAAUUCUUCUGUGGAGGAAAUUGAUACAGGUGAAGUGUCGCCUUCAAAGAAUUCAAAUCUUAAAAAUUUACAUGGCAUUGAUUCGAAGGCAUUUUCAAUAGCAAUAGGUUCAAGUCAGAUUAAUGCAAAUGGGGACACAAGAGAACAAAAGGGAGGAACUAGUCAGGAACUUAUUCAGAACUCCCUCUCCUAUUAUGAAAAUGUCCGAAAAAGAGAAAAUCAAUUGAUUAAGCAAGCUGUUCUUGCUAAUUUAGCAUAUGUAGAGCUUGAAUUGGACAAUCCCAUGAAGGCACUGUCAGUUUCAAAAUCCCUCUUAGAAGUUCCAGAAUGUUCCAGAAUUUACAUCUUUCUAGGCCAUGUUUAUGCAGCUGAGGCUCUGUGCUUGCUGAACAGACCAAAGGAAGCUGCUGAGCACUUGUCAUUUUAUUUGUCUGGGGAAAACAGUGUUGAAUUGCCUUUCAGCCUGGAGGACUGUGAAAAAUGGCAACCAGAGAGGACUGCCGAAUUUGAAGAUGUGAAUGGAGGAUCCACAGCUGCCAAGAAUUCUUCUCUUGAAGGCACUCAGAGUAUUGUUUUCCUCAAGCCAGAGGAGGCGCGGGCAACAAUUUAUGCAAAUUUUGCAGCAAUGUCUGCAAUGCAGGGUGAAUUUGAGAAAGCCAAAAUAUUGGUUACGCAGGCAUUGUCCGUGUUACCUAACAAUCCAGAAGCCACUCUUACUGCAGUUUAUGUGGAUCUCUUGCUCGCUAAGCCACAGGAAGCUCUGGCCAAAUUAAAACGUUGUAGCCGAAUUAGGUUCCUUCCUAGUGGAAUAACAUUGAAUAAAUCUUCUUGAGUGUUGUAUGCUUGGGUUUUACAAUUGUGCCUGGUCCUCAUCUCAGCAUUAGUUAGCAGGUAGCUUAAUCCAUCCAUAGCAUUUGUAACAUAUAUAAGUUCAAUUCAGAGAAUAAUUUUUUAUGAUUCGUUUCCUUAUAAUUCUCAAAUUUAGGGGUCACUUACAGGUGGUGGCUGUGUUUUGGUUAGUUCUGGUGCCCACCUUUGAAAUUUGAGGUGUAGAUCUGAUUCGGAUUGUGUUUUACAUUUUUAGAGGCUAAUUUAGUUUAUAUUCAGGAAUAGAGGUCAUGUUACUCAUGUGCUUAUAUUGAGAAAACUGAAAAGUUGAUAGUUAUUUUGGAAUUCCAUUUUGAAUCCGAUGGAGUCUACUGUUUCUAAUCCCCCGCUGGUUCCAUUAUCCAGAUGAAUAUGAUCUCUUGCCUUGUGCUUUUUCCCAGUUGCUGUUUUGCUUUAUAUAAAUGUUAUGCACGGGGCAGGUGAUGCUCGUAACGGGAUAGAUGUUUUUUUCCCUGCCUUCUUCCGGAUAAAUAGAAGUAAUAUUGUUUGGUUCUUCACUCCUGCAAUGAAGCUCAUCGGGUAGCAAACCCUGCAAGGAUCUGAGAAUCUUUCACAAGAGUCAAGCGUGGAUUGGAUUUUUAAAUAUGGAUUGAAAGUGUUCAUUUUGACUUAAUCCCAAGUCUUGAGCCGAAUUAGAAACCUUUUCGUGAAUGGUAAGUGAUGGCUCAUGGAGCUACGAAUACGUACUCGUAGUUUGAACUGAUCACACAAGGUCCGUAUGAACUUUACAGCAAAUAGGUACAAAAAAGUUUAAUACAGCGACCUUUGCGAAUUCCGAGUGGAGAAAAGUUAGCCCCUUGAUAGAUGUAAUUUGGUUUCAAUAAGUUUUAUUUAAAAUGAAAGUAAUUCAAUUGCU